UCUCAGAGGCCUUUCCCAACCUAAUUGAUUCUGUGAACUGACUGCAAGAGCUGACUUCUACCUCAGCUAAGCAGUGUAUACACCCCCCCACCCCCAAAAUAACCCAAAUCCGGGAAUAUUAAAUCCACCAUCUGUCACCAACACACUCAACAAGCAAGCAAGGAAAAUAACCAAAUUAUCUGCCUUUGCAUAAAUGUGGGUUAUUGUAGCAAUUACACAGGCCUUGUAGAAAAUGGCUCAUUUCCUUGCCAGAGAAAUAUUUAUUUUGUGCUCCUCUUCCUCUGUGUCAUUUAUUUGAGCUGUGUCACUUAAUCUCAUUUUGCAUUUCUGCUUUUGCGCCACAACAAAUGUAAAAAAGAGCUUGAGACUGAUAUAUUUAUUGUUGCAUCAACUCAUGAGAGACUUACAUGGGGAGAAAAAAAGGGGAGGAUAUUUAUUCACCUGAGGAAAAAGGCUUCUGCUCAUAGAGGGUGGGGAUGCUUUUGAUGUGAGAAGAUAAAAAUUGACCAGCUGCUACAACAAGCAUUAUCUCCUCUGGAUUAAUGCACUUCUUCCACUGAUGCUUGGCUAUUACCCUCCAUGAAAAAGAAAAACAUAUUAAGCAAUUCCAACAUUUAGAACAACAAUGAAGACAAAUGUUAUGUUAAUAACAGAAUUGCGUUUAUUUUUAUCCGAGUUCCAUUGAUUUGAACAUGGGAGUAGAAUGCUGCUCCUCACACAGCUGUUUUUGAAGAGAGACAGAACUGGCAACGCUUUUGUUCAUCAUUAGAAAUUAUUACUUUGAAGGACUGACUUCACAACAGCUAAAAGACAUGCUGUUCAACUCAUUUUAGAGUACUUCUUCUUUCUACUGCCAACAUAUUUAAAUAUCCAAGCCUGCCCUGCUGCCUGAAGCACAACCACAGUCUUCCAGGGGCCUGUACUUCCACAGACUCAGAUCCACCGUCCUUAGCCCUACAUUCAUCCAGGACACAUUGCAAAACCAGACAGCACAGUUGCAUCGACACUUUUUGAGAGCUUAACCCAUAAAUACUUGUAGGAAAAGAAUGUACAGAAACAGAAAGCAGCGCUGGUAUCAUCUGAGGAUGAUGUGAGGCAGAAAGUGCACCUGAAUACCUUUGGCUUCUUCAAGGAUGGUUUCAUGAUAGUCAAUGUCAGCAACCUUUCCCUGAAGCAACCAAGGGGCUAUGACAUGAAGGGUUUAUCAGUGGGGUUCAGUUUGGAUCGAACAAGGAACGACGGGUUCUCCACUUACCUGGAUGAAGAAGUGGAUUACUGUAUCUUGAGAAAGACACCAGAGCCAGAUGUCUCUGUUGUAAUUUUACUUCUGGAAAUCGAAAGCAAAGUUGUGAAAGUACAGUUCUCUGCAGAAGCUGCUUCUUUGUUACCUAAAAUUUCAUUCAUAUCUGAGGAAAAUGUUACUGCCUUAAGUACCAAACCACUAAAAACUUCUGAACCAAGCAGUGAUUCUGGUAAAACCCCUCCAAAGACCAAUAAAAAUACAGAUGGCCAAGAUAAGAAGUCCAAACGCAGUACAACAUCCUCCAAGCCUAUUAUAGAACAAGAACAUCCUGUUCACAACGACGGAGGAACUUAUUCAUUUCAGUUCUUUUUUAACAUCAGCUCUGAUAGCCAAGAGGGGCUCUACAGCCUAUAUUUCCAUAAGUGUGUUGGCGAGAAGGGGCCAGCUAAUGAUCAGCUGCGAUUCAGUCUGGAUAUAGAAAUUACGGAAAAGAAUCCUGAAAGCUACCUCUCAGCAGGUGAAAUCCCACUGCCAAAACUUUACAUUUCCAUGGCUAUGUUCUUUUUCCUGUCUGGGACUGUAUGGAUCCACAUACUUCGUAAACGCAGAAAUGAUGUUUUUAAGAUUCACUGGCUCAUGGCAGCCCUUCCUUUCACAAAAUCUCUGUCCUUGGUCUUCCAUGCGAUCGACUAUCACUACAUCUCUUCUCAGGGAUUUCCCAUUGAGGGCUGGGCUGUUGUUUAUUACAUCACUCACCUGCUGAAGGGUGCCCUUCUGUUCAUCACUAUCGCCCUCAUUGGCACAGGCUGGGCUUUCAUUAAACACAUCCUGUCAGAUAAAGACAAAAAAAUUUUCAUGAUUGUCAUCCCACUUCAGGUGCUGGCGAACGUGGCGUACAUCAUCAUAGAGUCCACAGAGGAGGGCACGACUGAAUAUGGCCUGUGGAAAGAAAUCCUUUUCCUGGUAGACUUGCUGUGCUGUGGAGCCAUCCUGUUUCCAGUGGUAUGGUCAAUAAGACAUUUACAAGAGGCUUCAGCAACAGAUGGGAAAGCUGCCAUUAACCUAGCAAAGCUGAAGCUCUUCAGACAUUACUAUGUUAUGAUUGUGUGUUACAUUUACUUCACACGGAUCAUUGCCAUUCUCAUAAAGAUUGCUGUUCCAUUCCAGUGGAAAUGGCUGUACCAGCUGCUGGAUGAAAUGGCCACACUCGUGUUCUUUGUCCUCACUGGGUACAAGUUCCGUCCAGCGUCAGACAACCCUUAUCUACAGCUUUCUCAAGAUGAUGAGGAUGACCUGGAGAUGGAAGCUGUGGUGACAACUUCAGGAGUAAUGGAGGGCAUGAAGAAGGUCAAGAAAGUGGUGAAUGGUUCAGCAGAGCCCCAGGGCGAGUGGGAAAGCACGGCAUGAUGGACUGGACUAAGGCAGCACUUUCAGAGGAACUGUUUUAAUUUAUUAAUAUUACUCUCAGUGGAAAGGGAGCAACUUGCACUUCCCACCACUGAAAUGGCAGAGUGGGGUGUGUCUGGGGGGAGGAAAGCAGUGCAGAAACAUAACUAUUCCUUUGAUCAUAAGAAAAUGGGAUCUCCUGGUACCUGCAAGGAGUGUGAAGCUUUCCUAGGGAUUUUGGGUAGCUUAUUCUUUUCUUUCCCCCCCUUUCUGGAUCGGUUCUGCAUCCUGAAUUGUUUGCAGUUGCAUUCUUCAGAAUGUCUAAUGCUAAUGUGAAGAGAGACCUUCAGUGUGUAUGUAAAGUAUAUAUUUUAUAUAAUGUGCAUAUAUAUAUAUAUACACACACUAUGUAACAUGUAUGCCAGGAGUUACAAAGCGUGGGAAAAGAAGAUAAGAGAUGUAAGUAUUUUUUUUUUCUUUUUAUAAACACUCCUUUUGACUUAGACAAAACGUUGCAAAACAUGAGUAGGAGCAACUGCAGUUAUUUGAGAGACUGAUUGGGUAUUGGAUGAGGUGACUUCUGGCACUGCUCACACCAGUGGGAAAGUUGAUAAGUAUCUUAUUUUAUCCAUGCAGGUAUCCACCUGAACGUGCCAGGUUUUUAGAUGUGUUACUGUACAGGAAACAAGUGACUGUUCUCCAUUAAAGCACUGAGCCCAUAGUGCAAUAAGAAUUAAUGUUCAUGGAGUUGCUCUUGACUCACCCCCACCUGACAAGAAGUACAUAAGAGGUGUAAGAAUGAUGCUUGCUUUUUAGGGGUCUGCCAUGCUAUCCUAAACAUUUACUUUCAAGCUGUGACCCAGAGCACCUUGGUCUGCUUGAUAAAAUAUUUUCAAGGUAUUUCAGAAGUCUCUCCUUUCUGACUUAGUAUAAACACUACCAGACUCUCCAGUGGAAAUCUGUCUAGCCAAUUUACUGCAGUAUAAAUCUCUGGUUCACCAUUAUCCUGAGUUACCUGACCUCUCUGGGUGGCUACUUGUACCUGUCUGGCCAUGUAGGAAUUAAUGGCACUGCUGUUUGAGACAAGCUGAACUGGUCAAAAUGGUAUUGCCACCAAAACCAGGCAACUGCAGCUCCCAGCCCUAGAUGGUUUUUGUCGGGAAAGAAGAUGACCAGAACCUUGAUGCAGGGGAAUAUGGAAGUCUUGACUGUCAGUGGAGUCUUUACAGACAUGUUGCAAAUGCCACAUGGAUUUUCUCUGUAGUCCCUGCUAUGGUCAGUGAGGCAGCUGCUGUCAUAGGUGCAGGAGUGAGAAUGGUUGUUAAUUCGGGGGAGGAUGGAAGUGGUUCAUUGAUGUAAUGAGGAUAAGCUUUCAGAAAAAUAAAUCAAGUAUAGCUCAGUGACCCACUGAAGCCUUAAUAUUGAUGUAGAGGUGUUGAAAUGUGGUGCUGUUGAGCCAAGUCCUUCUGCCAGACUGACAGGGAUUGGCAUCAUCACAGCUUUGAAGUGCCAGCAUUGCUUAUGGACUCAUUUAGGAAUUGCUUUUUUGAAGGGACUACAUCUCUGGGGCACAGCUGAUUAGAGGACUGCCAGCCACUGGGUAAUUUUAUUCUUCAAGCUUAGAAGGAGGAUUUCUUUUAGAAUCUUGAACCACUUCCUCACUUUUGAGCAGGGGUUGCAUUGCUCUUGGUGAGCAAUCUGUACCAAGACUCGCUGUUUGAGGAGCAGCUUCACUUUCUCCAGUUGCCACUUUUCCCAGAUGUUGGUUCUAUGCACCAUGGAGAUGGUAGGAACAAAUCUGCCUGCUCCAUACCUGGAACUGCUUUCUCUUCAGAUAAAGCAUGACAAUAGCCCUGUUCUCUGGGUGCAGUCUUCUUCUGUUUUUCUCCUCAGCCAUAACUUUACAGUAAUCACAGCAGUGAUAGUUUGACUUUUGCUGUCAUUGCCUUGCAGUGAGACAGUUUUAGUGGGAACAGAUCCUACACCACUAGAGAGGCUGUUUGGUGAUCUAUGGGCCUUUUAGACCUUCGGUAAGAAUAAAUCUGCAUAUUAAGUAGUGAGGUGUGAGAAAUUGGACCAUAAACACAGGCAGACCCAGCUCAUCAUACACUUAAAUACAAUACCUGGAAAACUCAUCCUCUCUCUCUCUCUCUGCAGAGUUACUCUGUCCCUGUGGAAUUGUCACUCACUGCAUCCAAAGGGCUGCUCAGACAGCCUGUACACUUUGUUCAGAGAAGCCCACUGGAGGCUUAGUCUGUUGGGACUGAGAGGUAUGUAAGGGAUAAGGAUAAAGUGCAGUAACAGUGUUAUCUGGACAUGAUGCUGCUCUAGAACAUGUUAAUUCCUUUUGUGAAUGAGAUGUGAAAUUCUGAUGGCUGUGACAUUUCACCCAAAAACAUGAGGGCUGUGCUGAGAUCCCAGUGAGUGCAGAGCUGGUUCCAAACAGCUGCCUAUUCCAUACCUCAGCAUCAGUGGAGCUGACAAUUUGGCAAGUGCUGUUACCUUAGUCUCAGGUUUCUCUUUUUUUAUAUGCACUUUUUUUGCUGAAGUUGCAUCUGGUGUAGGUUUAUCUGCCAAGUCCCUGGCUUGCUAGUCAAAGGCUAAAAAAUGGGUCAUUUCUUUUUGUCUUGGCAUGAAAAGUCACAGCAGUAUUCCGGAAGUAUUUUUUUUUGGAAGAGCUUUUUCCAAGUUCAGCCCGGAGUUUCAGCAGUCAGCUCUACAACCAGCUUCAGCUGGUGCUUAGUGCAGGAUGCCAAGCAGCAGGAACUGGUCAAACCUGGGCAUUAGGAAGAAAAAUCAAUGUCAUGUACAAGUCAAAAAACCAAAAAACCCUCUCUUUGGAAAUGGCUGCAGUGAAUUUCCACUUUCUCUGGUGGAAUUCCUUGGAGCAGGUCAGGAAGUGUCUUGCAGGGGUAUGUGAUAGAUUGGACGGUGGGAUGGUGGAAUAUGGAAGAGGAUGCAGCUGUGCUUCUCUCACUUACUGUGCUGCAGUGCAAAGCAUCAAAGAGAGGGCUGCUCCCUCCCCUUCCUCCCAGGCAAACCCCCAGCUGCAUGACUGGCACUGCACGACUCCAGGGUGAGUGGAGAGCGGCAGCUCGGAGCUCCCCAGGCAGGAUAAUCAGUGCCUGCCUUUCACGUGCUGACAGCUGCUGAUCUGGUGUAGGAAGCUCUGUCUUUCACAGGGAAGCUGGAGGAACUGCUGUGGAUUGCAGAUUGCUUUGGGAUACAGCCUUACUUUCCUGUCUCUGCCUUUUGCUGAAGUGGGGAACUGAAGCAAUCACGCUGACAGGACGCAGCAGUACAGGGACAGCAGGUCUGGUGCAAUUCGGAAUAAAUGGUUGGAAUGCUUUCCCAUAUGUUGCUGCAGUGGAGCACUCAGCACCCUCUGCAGACAGAAAUGAGAUUGGUUCAGUCUUCAGUUGUAAUGCAGGUUAUGCCCCAAUAAAUCCCUGUUGAUGAUGACAUGCACAUGCCACUGCUGCACUCCUCCCUCCUGCUGUCACUGUUCAGGGUGUCUUCCAGAGGGAGCCUUGCAGUGCAACUGCCAGACUCUUGCAUUCCUCAGGCUGGAAAAAUGUUUUCCUUGAUGGUUCAUCAAGAGACUUACUAAAGGAAAACAAGACAUAAUGGGGUCAUCUGGAACACUGCUGCUGCUUGCUCGGAGUGGAGCAGUUUGAGCUGAAGAAGCCACAUGCUGUCCUAUUAAGAUGCUCUUUCAUGUUGUCAUCUAACUCGGCGUGUCAUGAUCUGUGCAGUGCAUUGUUCAGUGUUUCUCUCCAGCUGAGUGCCCUGUCCCUGGAUUUCCAUGCUGCCAUACCCUGGGAGCAUGUUGUAAAAAAUUUGCUGCAUUGCAGUAUUUUGUCUUGGAGCAAGUAGUGUGGAAGAUGUAUUUUUCUAAGCUGAGUGGACUCUCUGUGGCAUGAGUGUGCAUCCACUGUGUAUCCUUGAGCACUCUAACACUCCUGGUCGUGGAAGGGUGUGUCCUAAGUACUCCAGCUUGCACAUCUGGUGGAAGUCCAGUGGAAGAUUUUUAGUACGUUAAGUCUUUUUUCCUUACAGCAUGCUCCUUUUAGAGAAGAGAAAUGCAAUCUGGCCAUUGACAAUGAGAUUGACAAGAAAGGAGGGGGGUUUUUUUGUUGUCUAGUUGAAAACUGCCCACUUUGAAGCAAAUACUGGGUAUUUGUAUGCUCUGUUGAGCUCUGAGAACUGGAGUUGCUUAGCUAUUAAGGAAAGGGAAGGAAAUCCUCCUUGCUUCAGUCUGCCUUUGCUAGGUUUGUCUCCUUCAAUUUGAGCUGCCAUGCCAGCUGACAGACUGCUGUCACUUUAAAGCAGAUGUGUUUUAUGGAUUCUGUGUUAUGACCUCCACUCAUUCAGCAUGUCCCCGUUUUUCAGCUGUGUACAAAGAGUGUGGAGCUGUGGUCUGCAGGAGUGGGAGUUACAGUGAUGUUUGAAUUUGAUGGGACUCACUGUCUGAAACCUGUGACCUUGUGUGUAAUGCCAGUAACCUCCAUGUUUCAUGAAAGCUGAGGUGGUGCUCCCAGAGGCACUUAACCAAUCUUACUUUGUGUUCCCUGGGGUCAAUUUGCUGGAAAAUGUUGUUCUAAAUUGGAUUAAUGUGGCUUUUUUUUUUUUUUUGUAGCUGCUGGGUGCAGUGCUGUCUUGGGCUUACUAAUCACUAGCAAUAUUGGGAAGCUGUGUAUUUCCUCUGUGUAGUUUCUUGCUUGGAUCAAGCAAUGAUCCUGUAAGAACUGCACAUGACACGUACUCACGAGUGGCUGGAACAGGAUUUAGGACAAUACUGAUACUCUGUAUAGGUGUAGAGUGAUGGUCCUGGAAGAAAGUGGCUGAGAAAAGAGUCACUCCUUGUAGGUUGACUGGCUCAAGAACCCAUUUAUGUUUUGACUGCAGCAAUCCUGGAGAAAGGACAAUUCUGAAUAAAUAUCUCCCUGUGGGAUUUCAUUUGAUGUUCUGCUCUCUGUGUAAUAAAGUAGAGCUUGACCUCCAUGUCAUCAGAAGCACUUCGUCCUGUAGCCAGGAUACUGGAGCGUGGGGCUGGUACCAGCUCUGUCAAAACAGAGUAUGGGUCUAAAUAGCUUCCCUUGCCUUUAGUAACUAUUAAUAAUUAAUUCUAGAUCCUCUUGUGUCAUUAAGCAGCUUUAGGGCACCUUGUACAAUGUAGCUUUGAAUUCAUUUAGUAAAUGACCUCCAGAAGAACUGAAAAAUACUUUCCUGUGUACAGCAAGGUCCAAUUCCAGGGGUUUUGGUGACCUGUAAAUAUCCUAUUCCUCAGUUCCUGUUCAGAUGUAAAAAUGGAUUUUUUUUUCAGUAUUUUUUUAAACUUUAUUAAAAGAACAGCAAACAGUAUUGGAAGAGAAGCAAAGUAGAGACAAGUCAGGGCAGUCUGUGUAACUUGGUUUCCCUGCUGUGAUGCAAAUGUGUAAAAUAAAGAUUGACCAGAAAGAA